AUGUCGCGAGAAGUAGGGACAUCAUCGCUAACACAACCUAAACAGUCAUCUCUCGUCCUCCGCUUCGUCAACAAUGACUUUCAGGAGAACAAGGAACCCACCAUCGGCGCCGCCUUCCUAACCCAAAAGAUCUCCCUACCCAACCGCAUCAUCAAGUUCGAGAUUUGGGACACUGCAGGCCAAGAACGCUUUGCCUCCCUCGCCCCAAUGUACUACCGCAACGCUCAAGCCGCUUUGGUAGUGUACGACCUGACCAAGCCCACUUCGCUCACGAAAGCCAAGCACUGGGUCGCUGAGUUGCAGAGGCAAGCAUCGCCCGGCAUCGUUAUCGCAUUGGUGGGCAAUAAACUCGACUUAUGCGCUGAAGGUUUUAGCGGGACAGCCGACUCAGUGGACGACUCUGCCGCACCUGCGGAGGGCGAGGAUGCUGCAGGGAACAGCAGUGAAGAAGCCGAGGUCGAGCACACAGACAACAGCGAUGCACGAAAGAUUUCCACCAGAGAAGCCAAGUUGUAUGCAGAAGAGGAGAGUUUACUGUUCUUCGAGACAUCAGCAAAAACGGGUACAAAUGUUGCCGAGGUAUUCUCGGCCAUCGCAAACGCAAUCCCAGAAACAUCCUUAAAGGGUGCUCGGGGCGGUGCUGGGGGAGGUACGCAGGCAGCACUCUCCGGAGCCGCAAAUCGGGCGGAAGAAGCGAGAGUCAAUCUGAACGAGAGGGCAAAGCAGCAGAAGGACAAUUGUGCUUGUUAG